GCUCAAGAUUCAACUGUCAACCAAUAUUACAGUGCCCUGUUAAAUGACUCUCUUUGGUUUUACGAAGCCCAGAGAAGUGGCAAACUACCAGCAAACAAUCGAGUGGACUGGCGCCAUGAUUCUGGCCUUGAAGAUGGAAGUGAUCACAAUAUAGAUCUUGUUGGUGGUUACUAUGAUGCAGGUGAUUAUUUGAAAUUCACUAUUCCACUCGCCCACUCCCUCGUCUUAGUGGCCUGGGGAGGUAUCGAAUGGUACGAUGGUUACGCCAAAACAAACCGGACACAAGACCUUUACGAUAUGAUGCGAUGGGGAACCGAUUGGUUGAUCAAAGCCCAUCCCGACCCAAACAUACUUUAUUUACAGGUUGGCGAUGGCGAUGUGGACAACAACUACUGGGGCCCGGACACGUCGAUCCCGACACCCCGACCGUCGUACAUGAUCAAUGCAACCGCACCAGGUACUGAUGCAGCUGCCCUGACAGCAGCCGCGUUUGCUUCUGCAGCCUGUCUAUUUAAAAACCAAUUGAACGAUUCGAGCUAUGCCGAAACGCUUCUGAGCCACGCGAUUUCGCUCUACAGCUUUGCCGAGACAGCUCAGCCAUUCCAGGUCUAUACGAACGCCAUUCCACAGGGCAAAGACUUUUAUGACACGAAUGUGUUCUACCCCCAGCUUGUGUAUGGCGCCCAGUGGAUUUUCCGUGCGACCGGCAACACCACCUACCGUGACAAGGCCUCGACAUACUUUGACCAGGGCCAGCUUGCCGCAGCCACGACUCCGCUUCUGGACUGGAGUGACCCCACCGGCGCAGUCUAUGUACUCGGGGCAGGCAUUGACAACACAAACACCAAAUACAGCACGGCCGCAAAGUCGUAUCUCGACACAAUCAUCACAGCCAAAAAGGGAGGGCCCUGUAGCUUCACAAGCGGCGGUCUGCUCUGGUGUGGGGGGUACAGCAACUCAAACUCGCUCAUCCCUGCUCAGGACACUGCUCUAUUGGCCUUGCUGUACAACGUUUAUGACAAGUCUCGUGAGUCUGAUUACAAUUCGUUUGCGAUCAAGCAAAUUGAUUACAUGCUCGGAAACAACAUGAUGUUGACACCUUAUGUGGUUGGUGUUCACAUGAAUUCGCCCGUCAAUCCUCACCAUGCAGGUGCUUCGGGUGGUACAGAUAUCGGUAACAUCAACAGUUCCCCAGCUGUGGAGGCGCAUGUGCUCUAUGGAGCUGUUGUAGGCGGACCAGACGAAGACGACAAGUUCUUUGACGAGCGCUCGGACUAUGACCAGACCGAGGUUGCAUUGGAUUACAAUGCGCCCUUCCAGAGUCUGGUGGCCUACCAGAUCUCUGCUGGAGCAGGCGACCCUCCAUAUGCGUCCAUU